AUGCUCGCUUUUGCACUUUAUGCCUUAAUAGGAGUGGCAUUUGCUCAGACUCGGGCAUUCAGCUCAUGUGAUCCAGCACAGCUGCAGAGGUGUCAAGCCGCUUUCAACGAUGAACUAAAGAUAGAUCCAUCUCUCGGAGUGACAUCGUAUCAAGCUUUAAGAGCUGCUAUUGAGAAUAAAAUUGGUGUGGAUAAAGCUCUCGGCUUGGCGAACACAUGCAUGGCAUUCAAAUACUACAAAACAUGUUUUAACAAUCGCAAUGAUUACGCCAACUGCGCCAACAAUCCCUUGGGCCUCAUCGUCGAUCAGAACGGCACGGCGACUGGAAUCACCGAGGACCAAGCUUUCGGAUACACUAAGAUAUUCAAUCAGUUCGAUUUCUCGUGUGGAGCCGGAUUCUCUGAAUUUACUAAUAAUGACGAAUGCGCUUCGACUGUAUUCCUUACCGGCGUAAACGAGAUGAGGGCAUGCGACAGCAAUUUUCAAUCAUCUCUCAAACGGGACAACGAUCCAAGCAACACUUGCGCAUAUGUCGAAGUGGCCAAGGAAUGCUACAUGACAGCAUUUGGAAAACGGUGUGCCAAAUAUCCGGAGGUUAUUUGGUGGGGAUGUAACUAUGAACGGAUUGGCACUCAAACUAACUAUCCACAGUGUACCCAGAUUUUCUGCACUUAUAACGAAUAAUGGACUGAACUUCGAAGAUCAGUGGCUUGGAUGCAACGAAUUACCUACGAACAAUUUUUUUUGUUGACUAAAUAUUUUUAUUCCGAGGUGUUGUAUUGACAAUGUUACUUCUAAAAGAAAGGCAUAUAGCAGGAUGUGAUGAAAUACUGA